AUGGCGAGAAAAGAGGAUGCUCUCCUGCAGAGGAUCCAAGAUCUGGAAAAGGAUUUGUCUAAUGAAAAAAAUUCCCAUGCUGAAGAGAUCCUUGAGCUAACUAAGGAGGCUGGAAGGAAAAUGCAAGAAGCAGAAGAUACCAUUCAAGUUUUGAAGAAGGAAAAUAGAGUUUUAAAGAAAAUUAAUGACAAGACCGAAGACUUAAUUAUUAAACAGGAAGAGGAAAUAUGUUACUUGAACAGCCUCGUUACUGAAAAGAAUUCAGCUUUGAUGAAUGGCAGGCAGUGCAUUGAAGAACUGCACAAGAGAGUGAAAAAUUUUGAAGACGAACGAAAGUCACUCCAAGAUCACCUAAAUGAAUGUGAGGCUGACAAAGUAAAAACUGCAGAGGAAAUGGAACAGAAGACAUCUAAGUUGGAAGGCGAUCUUGAAUUUCCUCUCAACGAAAGCAAGGAUCUUAUGAAAAUGAAGACAGGAGAGGAUGAACAGGAAAAGGAUGGCAAAUAUUUCAUAAGAAUAGUGGAUAAGGAAGUCACUCACUUAGAACAAGUAAUAAACAGCGCAGAAUCUGAUCUGGAAACUUUCAGACCACAGAUGAGCGAGGAGGUACAAGGAAAGGUCCUUGCAGCUACAGGGAAAGCCCGCCUCCUCAUUACUCAAAAGGUCGAAAACACAGUUAGAGGUCUGUGUCAACAAAACAUUGAUGGCCCGAAAGGUGAAGAACCCACUAUAUUAGCUGCAGAUUUAGAAGGCUUUUGGGACAUGGUGUCUAUCCAGGUGGAAAAUGUACACCACCUUUUCAAAGAGAUCAGUGUUCUUAAAACUAAUGGAUGGAAAGAGGACCUAAUUACACGGACAAUUAAUAAUGUCACCAAAGGCCACGAGAAGAAGAAACCAAUGACAGUUAUGAAAAAGCCUAUGAAGAGUUCCUCUCAGCAACAAAAGUCGAGAGAUGAGGCCCGCAAGAAACUACUGGAGGAGAGACGUAAGGCAAUGAAGGGGGCAAUGAAAGCUAUACAAGGUCAGCCUGAUGCAAAUGGCAGCAUAGAUGGAGUAGAAAUUCUUGUGGCAGAAGAGAAAAUAACCCAUUUGCAGGAGAAUUUACCAGGAGAAAAAGAGGACGAGCGGACAAAGCACAAUGAAGGUGGCCCAGAUAAUGAGAAAACAAAGGAAGCAGAAAAACAAAAGGAAGGGCACCAUUUCUUACAGUUAGUUGACAAAGAGGUUUCUGAAUUACAAGGCCUCAUAUAUAAGGCUGAAUCUGACCUGGAUACCUUUAAACCAGAGAUGAACGAGGAGUUCAAGGAAAGGUCCUCGCAGCAACAGGAAAGGGCUCGCGCCUCCUUAUCUCGCAGAAGAUAG